AUGCUGAGCCUACGCAAACGAUAUAUCUUCUUCGCUACUUUCUCACUAUUACUCUUCACCUCUUUUCUAACCAUAACCCUAAUCCACAAACCACCCAAGCGCCUAGGUCCAAUCUACAAGUCGGAGACACCAGGGAAAGCCCUUCCGAUCGUUGACAACUUCCCCCUGGCCUUGAAUGCCCACUCUGCUGCUGAGCUUCCUCCUAUACCCAGAUGGAACAGACCGCCAGCGCCGCACGUCGCAGAGAGAACUCCGCUCUUUAUCGGAUUUACAAGGAACUGGCGCCUCCUGCAGCAAGUAGUCGUAUCAUACAUCACGGCUGGCUGGCCUCCUGAGGAUAUAUACGUGGUGGAAAACACAGGCGUGAUGGAAGCCAACAAGCUAGGCCAGCUCUCCCUCCAGAACCCCUUCUUCCUCAACCAUACGCGGCUGCACAUGCUGGGAGUAAACGUCCUCAUAACACCCACGCUCUUCACCUUCGCCCAGCUCCAAAACUUCUACCUCUGGACCGCGACCGUCGAGAAAUACCCCUUCUAUUUCUGGUCCCACAUGGACCUCGUCGUCCUCUCCUACGAAUCCAAGUAUCGAGAGGAAAACCCAGACCUGGACCUCACCGAUCCGCGCACCAACUACACCGACUACAAGUCAGUCUACGACUAUUGUCUAGAUGCCCUGCACGAGGUGCUCCAAGCAAAGGACCCAGAGACGGGAGGGCCACUACGCUGGGCAACGCGCUUCUUCUCCUAUGACCGCCUGGCCCUCGUGAACGUCGCAUCCUUCCUCGAGGUCGGUGCCUGGGAUACCCAGAUCCCCUUCUACAUGACAGACUGCGAUAUGCAUGCGCGGUUAGAAAUGGCGGGUUUCAGCAUAGAGGAGAAGCCCGCGGGUCUCAUAUACGACGUAGCGAGCUCCCUCGAUGAUCUCCUCGUCCUAUACAGAAAGACGAAAGGGCCAAACGACCUCAAGGUCCCGGAAGCGAGCUUCCAUGAUCCAAAUAGGCUAGAAGAAGUCCUGGAGUCUAUUGCCAAGAGUGAGAUGGAGAUGGCGAAAGCAGGACUAGGGGAGCGCAAGGUUCGGGAUCUGGACGUGGGAUGGGAAGAAGACCAUGUUGGAUCGAAGGGCGAGAAUCGCAGAGGCAGGAAUACAUGGCAAGGGAGACAGAUGGGCGGGAAGGGAGACCCGUUCUAUAGGGAUAGCGCGGGCUUCGAGCAAGCUAUCCAGAUGACUAUCGAGCAUGGUCGCGCAGUCUUUAGAGAGAAAUGGGGACAUCGCGAUUGUGAUAUCGUGGCUAUGGGCUUGAAACCGGAUGAUGCUUGGAGGGUGAAGCACGACUGGACUUGA